UCCUGAGAGUUAAGCAUUCUGGCUUCCUGUACCUUCGCACACAUUUAAGUACUUCACCUUAUCUGGGUGAGGUCUUCCUUUGGGAUACCUCCAAUCUCUUGGGUGUCUUCCGCAUUAUAGAUGCUUUAGCUGGCUCCUUUGUUCAUUCUCUUUUCGGCGAGUUCUAUUCCUCUUUUUCUGAGUUUCCUUGCCUGUUAAAUCCUCUCUUCUUGGCUUUUCUGUCUCCUGCACUGCUCACUUUUAGCGACUCUACCAUAGUGCCUUACAGCCUUAGUCCUUGCUCCUAUUAUAUCUGAAAUUAAAAUUUGUAUUUUGAGGAACACAUGUAAAGACCAUGCAGUAGACUGUGUUUGACCAUUUAAUUCUUUUGUCUUCCUAUUGGUAUCAAUUUCAGGCUUAUUGUAAGCCCUUACUGAUCCAAACAAGGGUUGACACUAGAGACCCAGAGAAUUUAGCACCUGGAAGAAGAUGGAGAAACAUUAUAUUCCUCAUUAAGCAUAGAGGCUAAAGACAAUUUUGAAAAGGAGGAAAGGUGUAAAGAACUUAAGCGACUUCGGGGUGAGGAUACAUGGAUGCUACCUGAUGUGAAUGAGCGAAUUGAACAGUUCUCACAGGAACAUUCUGUGAAGAAAAAGAAGAAAAAAGACAAGCAUUCAAAAAAGGUAAAGAAAGAGAAGAAGAAAAAGAGCAAGAAACAGAAAUAUGAAAAAAAUGAGUCAGCUGAUAAUUCAUCAAGUUCUGAAGAUGAAUGGGUUGAAGCUGUUCCAUCUCAGACUCCGAGCAAAGAAAAGGCUUGGAAAGUGAAAGAUGAAAAGUCAAGAAAAGAAGAAGACAGUGAGGUUAUUCAGAGGGAUGAGUGGAUGACUGUUGACUUUAUGUCUGUUAAAACUGUAUCAUUAUCAUCACUCAAAGCUGAAAAAGAAACUAUAAGGAAAAUAGAGCAGGAGAAAGCCCAAGCAGUUGAGCAGUCCAGACUGUUGGAAAGAGAAUUGAAUCCAUACUGGAAGGAUGGUGGGACAGGUCUUCCACCAGAAGACUGUAAUGUGUCAUCAGUUACUAAAGUUUCAGUAGUAGAAGAUGGUGGAUUAAGCUGGCUAACGAAGUCUUAUCAAAGAAUGAAGGAACAAGCUGAGAAACAAAAUAGAAAUUUUGAAGACAUUGUAGCUGAAAGAUAUGGGUCAAUGGAAAUAUUUCAGUUGAAAUUAAAAGAAGCUGAAAAGACUGCAUCCAAAAAAGAAGAUUGUAGACAAGAACGGUGGAGGAAACCAACGUAUUCAGAUAAAGCACAAAGUAGUCAAGAACGUAGAAAAUCAGACUUAGUAAAUUAUAAUAAAAAUUCAAGGGAUAGAUAUAGUGUAACAGAUAGUACAAACAAUGUUAAUAAAGAUAAGUUUAGUGGUGAUGAAAAGGAUAAUAAUAGAUUCAGGUCUUUAGAAACGCACAGAAGACAGUACAAUCCAAGGCAAAAUCAGGAGUUUUCUUCUGUUGGAAAUUUGAGACCUAAAUUCGUAAGACCCUCUGAUGAUGAAGAACUGUCAUUUCAUAGCAAGGGCAGAAACUUUGAACCAUCUAGUUCAUCUUCAGCAUCGAUAGCUCAGGGUUCUUUGCGUUGUGGUUUUCGAAAACCCACAGAGAACAGUGAAGAAUGUUUAUCAUCAUGGAGUCGAUCUGACAGGAGAGAAGGAGACAAGAAACACUCAAAUCAAAAGGCUUCAUUAGAAACCAGUAGCAGUGUUGACUACGGACACAUUCCAGGAGAUGUGAGAGAAAAGUCACAGGAUGAAAGCUUGAGAGAUGACCCUCCAAAAAAAGAACAUCUGCCGGACACAAAGUCUUCCUUAUCUGGAAGUAGUCCAAAGGAUGAGUCCAUCCACAUCCUGAGUGUUGAUGAGAAGAACAAGUUGGGAGCAAAGAUUAUCAAGGCAGAGAUGAUGGGAAAUAUGGAAUUAGCUGAACAACUUAAAGCCCAGCUUGAAAAGGCAAAUAAACUCGAAGAAACUGCAACACAGAUACCAUCAAAAAAAUCUGGGGUGGAGAUUGAAGACCAGCAAGAAGUGAUCCUUGUCAGAACAGAUCAGUCUGGAAGAGUAUGGCCUGUGAACACACCAGGAAAAGCCCUGCAAUCAAAUGGAGGAAGGAGGAGGAGACAGAUGGCUUCAACCCAUGAAGAAAAAGAAAGGGUCAGAUACUUUCAUGAUGAUGAUAAUCUAAGCCUAAAUGAUUUAGUCAAAAAUGAAAAGAUGGGAACAGCAAGAGAUCAAAACAAACUUUUUAUGAAAAUGGCAUCUAAGUUUAUGGGAAAAACCGAUGGAGACUAUUACACUCUGGAUGACAUGUUUGUUUCCAAAGCAGCUGAGAGAGAAAGUCUUGGUGAAGAGGAAGAGAACCAGAGGAAAAAAGCUAUUGCUGAGCACCAGAGUCUUGCUGCACAAAUGGAAAAAUGUCUCUAUUGUUUUGAUAGCUCUCAAUUUCCCAAGCACCUUAUUGUUGCAAUAGGUGUUAAGGUUUAUUUAUGUUUACCCAACUUUCGGUCUCUUACUGAGGGACACUGCCUGAUAGUCCCUUUGCAGCACCAUAAAGCAGCUACCUUAUUGGAUGAAGACAUCUGGGAGGAAAUUCAGAUGUUCAGAAAAUCAUUGGUAAAGAUGUUUGAAGAUAAAGAGUUGGAUUGCAUAUUUUUAGAAACUAAUGUGAACAUGAAGAAACAAUAUCAUAUGGUUUAUGAGUGCAUUCCUCUCCCAAAGGAAGUGGGUGAUAUGGCUCCUAUCUAUUUUAAGAAAGCCAUAAUGGAAUCUGAUGAGGAGUGGUCCAUGAACAAGAAGUUGAUUGAUCUCUCUUCAAAAGAUAUCAGAAAGUCUGUACCUAGAGGCUUACCUUAUUUCUCUGUGGAUUUUGGCCUCCAAGGAGGGUUUGCCCAUGUCAUUGAAGAUCAACACAAAUUCCCUCAUUACUUUGGGAAGGAAAUCAUUGGUGGGAUGCUGGACAUAGAACCAAGACUUUGGAGGAAAGGAAUCCGAGAAAGCUUUGAGGAUCAGAGGAAGAAAGCACUACAGUUUGCUCAGUGGUGGAAACCAUAUGACUUCACCAAAAGUAAAAAAUGUUGAGGCUUAUCCUUCUUUUUUAUGUCCUUUUCAGAUCCCUUUCAGUUUUAUUUCUGUCACAUCUAACUAAACAACUGGCUGGCAGAUCAUAGGGAAAAGAGCCAUGGCAGCAGAUGGCUCUGGGUCACUGGCAAGCAAUCAUCAUUGGAUUGUGUGGUUUCUUCCCCCACUACUCCUGGGAACUUCAUUUCAGUGACCAGAGAGUAAGACCAGAUGUAUUGGAUGGCCCGCUCACAUUCCUGUCCACCUGUUCAGUUAAUUACAGAAAAGGGCUUCUCUGAAGAGAGAUUUGGGAAGCAUAGGAAAGCAGUGGUUCAAAGGGAAAUGGGUCUGCUCCAGUGUUGUUAAGUCUAUUGACUGUCUUCUUUUGUAUUUUUUAGAAUAAGUCUUGGCAUAUUCAGUAGUAAUUGAAAGUUCGUUUCAUAGGAUUUUAUAGAAGAGCUCUUAAUUUUUAACUAGAAGCAUAUAAUAUCACUGCUGUUCUUUUUGUUAAAGAAAAGAGAAUGUCCCCAAAGUAAUAAAGAAUCAAAUGAUGGUGAAAAUAUAACUCAUAUCCACAACUUGAGUUUGUUUUUAUUUCUGGAUUUUCUGUUAAAUUGUGUCCACUAUUAUUUGUGUCUUUGAAUUUUGGUGAUUUUAAAAGUGCGUGUUAAACAUAUAACAGAAUUUAUAGAUCUGCAUUUGUAUGAGAAUUAAAAUUUUUAUCCAAAUCAUUAUUUUUCAUUUGUAUUGAUUACUAUAAUAUCUUAAGUGAUGAGAACAUUCCAAAUGUCAGGAGAACAUUCUGUUGUGCCACUUCAUUGAAGAUAGUUGAUUUUUAUUUGUUCUUACAUUUGGUAUCAAGAUAAAACCAUAUGCUUACCAAAUAUGUCCAUGAUGUGAAGGUGAAGCCGCUCCUGCUUUUUUUAAUGGAAAGAUCUUUUUUUAAUAACCUUCUUUCAAAGAUGUUGGUUUUUUGGAAGCUGAACCUUGGCAUUUUGUCAUAAAAUGUUGAAUACCUAUACUCAGUAGUGAUGCAUCCUCCAGAGUAACUCACACACUACACAGUUAUUUUUAAUAUCAGCAUCUCAUUAUAUCCUCAGUGUGUUAGAGAAAUAUUUAUGUUCUAUCUGUGGCUUUUUUAAUUUCACGUAUAAAUUGAAGCUUAAUGGUUUUAAUAUUUUGAAAUUGCAUUUGAGUAUAUUUAUCAAAUAGAAGCUUGAGAACAUUGUAUUGCUGUUUUCAAACUCUCUUGGCUUUGCUACAAAGUCUCAAAGGAACCUCUAAUAGUCAUUCAUUCCAUCAGUGAGUUUGUUUUGAAGAACACUGUGUUAUGUGUUGGUGAUGCAAAGAUAAAAAGUACUUCCCCUGCCUUAAAUUAUUUUACAGUUUAGUAGACAAAGUGACAUGUACAUAAAUAAUUAUACCACAGUAUGAUAAAUUCUAAACGGAGAUAUACACCCAAAUGUAUUGGAGUACAGUGCUAAAGGAUUAUUUCCCACUUCCCCUCGCUUCGUUCUCAGCUGUUAACUUUGUUUCCUUUUACUGAGAAAAUAGAAGCAAACAAAAGAGAAUUUCCACCACAUCUGUCUACCUGUAUUUGCACCCACAUACUCUACUUUUCCUCUUGUUAACUGUGGAUUAAUUAUUUGGUUGUUCUUAUCUAAGGCCAGUCCACUCAUUUAUAUGCUAGGUCUUAUCCUUUCUCACCUAUUAAAUUGUCCCCACUCUCUCUGUGUUUAAAUUAGAUUUUUCCUCUCUACAGGAUCAUUCCUGUUAGCAUUAAAAAAAAAAAAAAAA